CGCUUGCGCGGCGAGUAGAACGUGUGGCGGCGGCCGAGAUCGCGUCUCCUCUUUUGCUCCCAUUCCCGCUGCUGCUCCGGUGUGUUCCCGGGGAGUGUCCAUCCCGUCCGUCGCCCGCAGCCUGGUCGCCCGCCUGUCCCUCGUCUCGGCGCCCUCUCACCGACGCCGACACUCAUCUUGACACUUCCAGCCAGGCCCUCCGCCCCGCUCGCUGCCUUUCCAGCUCCACACAUGGCCUCCUCGGCGCAGAGCGGCGGCUCCUCCGGGGGACCCGCGGUCCCCACCGUGCAGCGGGGCAUCGUCAAGAUGGUGCUCUCAGGAUGUGCCAUCAUUGUCCGAGGGCAGCCACGAGGUGGGCCUCCUCCCGAGCGGCAGAUCAACCUCAGCAACAUUCGUGCUGGAAAUCUGGCCCGGCGGGCAGCUGCCACACAACCAGAUGCAAAAGAUACCCCAGAUGAGCCCUGGGCAUUUCCUGCUCGAGAGUUCCUUCGCAAGAAGCUGAUUGGGAAGGAAGUAUGUUUCACAAUAGAAAACAAGACUCUCCAGGGGCGAGAGUAUGGUAUGAUCUACCUUGGAAAAGAUACUAAUGGGGAAAACAUUGCAGAGUCACUGGUUGCAGAGGGCUUGGCUACCCGGAGAGAAGGCAUGAGAGCCAAUAACCCGGAGCAAAACCGGCUUUCAGAAUGUGAGGAACAAGCAAAAGCAGCGAAAAAAGGGAUGUGGAGUGAGGGGAAUGGUUCCCAUACCAUCCGGGACCUCAAGUAUACCAUUGAGAACCCAAGGCACUUUGUGGACUCACACCACCAGAAGCCUGUCAAUGCGAUUAUCGAGCACGUGCGAGAUGGCAGUGUGGUCAGAGCCCUGCUCCUCCCAGAUUACCACCUCGUUACAGUCAUGCUGUCAGGGAUCAAGUGCCCAACUUUUCGUCGGGAAGCAGAUGGCAGUGAAACACCAGAACCUUUUGCCGCAGAAGCCAAAUUUUUCACUGAGUCUCGAUUGCUUCAGAGAGAUGUUCAAAUCAUUCUGGAGAGCUGCCACAACCAGAACGUUCUGGGUACCAUCCUUCAUCCAAACGGAAACAUCACUGAGCUCCUCCUGAAGGAAGGCUUCGCACGCUGUGUGGACUGGUCCAUUGCAGUUUAUACCCGGGGUGCAGAAAAGCUGAGGGCAGCCGAGAGGUUUGCCAAGGAGCGCAGGCUGAGAAUAUGGAGAGACUAUGUAGCUCCUACUGCUAAUUUGGACCAAAAAGACAAGCAGUUUGUUGCCAAGGUGAUGCAGGUUCUGAAUGCUGAUGCCAUUGUUGUGAAGCUCAACUCUGGAGACUACAAGACCAUUCAUCUGUCCAGCAUCCGACCACCAAGGCUGGAGGGGGAGAACACACAGGAUAAGAACAAGAAACUACGUCCUCUCUAUGACAUUCCCUACAUGUUUGAGGCCCGGGAAUUUCUUCGAAAGAAGCUUAUUGGGAAGAAGGUCAAUGUGACAGUGGAUUACAUUAGACCAGCCAGCCCCGCCACAGAAACAGUGCCUGCCUUUUCAGAGCGUACCUGUGCCACUGUCACCAUUGGAGGAAUAAACAUCGCUGAGGCUCUUGUCAGCAAAGGUCUAGCCACAGUGAUCAGAUACCGGCAGGAUGAUGACCAGAGAUCCUCACACUAUGAUGAACUGCUGGCUGCAGAGGCCAGAGCUAUUAAGAAUGGGAAGGGAUUGCACAGCAAGAAGGAAGUGCCCAUCCACCGUGUUGCAGACAUCUCUGGGGAUACCCAGAAAGCCAAGCAGUUCCUGCCCUUCCUUCAGCGAGCAGGUCGUUCGGAAGCUGUGGUGGAAUAUGUCUUCAGUGGUUCUCGUCUUAAACUUUAUUUGCCAAAGGAAACUUGCCUUAUCACUUUCUUGCUGGCAGGCAUUGAAUGUCCCCGAGGAGCCCGAAACCUCCCGGGUUUGGUGCAGGAAGGAGAGCCAUUCAGCGAGGAAGCCACGCUUUUCACCAAGGAGCUGGUGCUGCAGCGAGAGGUGGAGGUAGAAGUAGAGAGCAUGGAUAAGGCCGGCAACUUCAUCGGCUGGCUGCACAUGGAUGGCGCUAACCUGUCUGUCUUGCUGGUGGAGCAGGCGCUCUCCAAGGUCCAUUUCACCGCUGAACGCAGUGCCUACUACAAAUCCCUGCUGUCUGCUGAAGAGGCCGCCAAGCAGAAGAAAGAGAAGGUCUGGGCCCACUAUGAGGAGCAGCCCGUGGAGGAGGUGAUGCCUGUGCUCGAGGAGAAGGAGCGAUCAGCCAGCUACAAGCCAGUGUUUGUGACCGAGAUCACUGACGACCUGCACUUCUACGUGCAGGAUGUGGAGACUGGCACCCAGCUGGAGAAGCUGAUGGAGAACAUGCGCAGUGACAUCUCCAGCCACCCCCCUGUGGAGGGCUCCUAUGCUCCCCGCCGGGGAGAGUUCUGCAUUGCCAAAUUUGUAGACGGAGAAUGGUACCGCGCCCGAGUCGAGAAAGUUGAGUCUCCUGCUAAAGUGCACGUCUUCUACAUCGACUAUGGCAAUAGAGAGAUCCUGCCAUCUACCCGCCUGGGUACCCUGCCUCCUGCCUUCAGCACUCGCGUGCUGCCAGCUCAAGCCACAGAGUAUGCCUUCGCCUUCAUCCAGGUGCCCCAAGACGAGGACGCUCGCACAGAUGCCGUGGACAGCGUAGUCCGGGACAUCCAGAACACUCAGUGCCUGCUCAACGUGGAGCACCUGAGCGCCAGCUGCCCCCACGUCACCCUGCAGUUUGCUGAUUCCAAGGGCGAUGUGGGGCUGGGGCUGGUGAAGGAGGGGCUGGUCAUGGUGGAAGUGCGCAAGGAGAAACAGUUCCAGAAAGUGAUCACGGAAUACCUGAAUGCCCAGGAGUCAGCCAAGAGCGCCAGGCUGAACCUGUGGCGCUAUGGAGACUUCCGAGCCGAUGAUGCUGAUGAGUUUGGCUACAGCCGCUAAGAAGAACCAUCCCUGGCCCCCAGCACUGCUCACGCCAGAACCUCUUUCCCUGCUGGGGGGGAGCUUUCAGCUCCAGACCCAGUUGGAGGAAGGGGGCAUAGAUCGAGUCCAGCUUUGCUUCAGUGUAUGGAAACACUCUGUAGGGUGGCAUCGGGGCUGGGGGCAGGUCAUCAUCCUCAUCCUCUUGGAUGACGGCACUGCCAUCCACAAGCUCUCCCAGAUGAUUUUGUAUUUUUACUUGGGGGAUUGUGGGGUUUUGUUUUGUUUUGUUUUUUUAAUUGUCCUCAAAUCAGGAAAAACCAUGAGAGACUGUCCUAGUGAAGAGAGUGAUCCUGACACCCAAGGCCAGCUGCCUGGUGGCACCACCUCUUACCCUAGACUGCCCUUCUUCCCCAGCUCUGUCCAGUUGUUGAUUAUGUGAUUUCUCUGACAGUCCAUUCUCAGAUGCCAGCGUGUCCACAUCUGCCCUCCAGCCUAUUCUGUAUUUAAAGCUUUUGAGGCCCAAAUAAAGUAGUACCUGCUGUCUGCA